AUGUUCUCAAAUAUAGUGUGUCAGAAAAUGCUGCUAAUGUUCAUGUUGUUCUUAAUAAUUACCUGGAUAAUAUUUGUAAUUUCUCAAAAUUCUGCAAAGCUUUGGACCACUCUAAACAUAGCCAUCUCUUCCCAUCCCUGGAACAUAUCCAUGAAGUCCUCCUGUCCAGAAAUUCCAAUGAGCCAGUCAACAUUACCAACAAAGACUAAGCUAAGAGAGGAGAUCCCUAAAAUAACAGGCCACCAACAAGAGAAGUCACCAACAGAGACAGAGCUGAAAGUCAGGGAGAUCUUGGAGAAGCUAGAUCGACAGAUCCCUCCCAGACCCUUCACCCACCUCAACUACACCACAAGCGCCACACACAGCACAGCCACCAUCCUCAACCCUCGAGAUUCAUACUGUGUAGGGGACCAGCUGGACAUCCUGGUAGAAGCUAGAGACCACCUAGGAAACAAGAAGGGGUAUGGUGGGGACUUCCUGAGAGCCAGGAUGUCCUCCCCAGCCCUGAAGGCAGGUGCUUCUGAAAAGGUGACAGACUUCAACAAUGGCACCUACCUCAUCAGCUUCACUCUGUUCUGGGAGGGCCCAGUCUCCCUGUCUAUCCUGCUCAUGCACCCCAGUGAAGUGGCGUCAGCUCUCUGGAGAGCAAGGAACCAAGGCUAUGGCAGAAUUACCUUUAAAGGUAAUUUUGUUAAUGGCUUGUCCCAGGUCACAGCUGAAUGUGGCCUGACUCUAAAAUCAAGCAACGAGCUAUGCAAAUACCUGUACCGUGAUGGUGAGGAAGUCUUCUACUGCGUGAAACCUCAACAUAUGCCCUGUGAGGCCCUGACCCACGUGUGUACCAGGCAGCAAGGUCUUUCUUAUUUCACUGCCAAAGAAAAAAACUUUUUUGAGAAGUCAAACAUAGGAGUUGAACUGAUGAAGCACCCGAAGUCCAUUGCCGCCUCCCAGUGCGACAAGAGUGAAAACAUGAGAAAGAAAUGUGAGAUCGGAAUGGAAAUUCCCAUGCCUAGCGGUUACACUUUACGAGGAAGGUGGGUCCCGUGCACCCAGCGCCUGUUUAACUCAAGUCAGAUAAGUGACUGUUUGAAAGGAAAGCUCAUCUACCUCUGGGGAGACUCCACCCUGCGCCAGUGGAUCGAGUAUCUUCCCAAGGUUGCAAAAACACUGAAGCCUUUUGACCUUCAUGGGACUGGAGUAUAUAAGAAACAUUUGCUUUUGGAUGCUGAAAGGCACACACUGGUUGAAUGGAAGAAACACAGUCACCCUUUCAUCACUGUCCAGCUCUACUCUGUGAUAGAUGAUGGCUAUAUCCCUCAGGAAAUUGACCGCUUACUAGGCGACAAAGAUACUGUCAUAGUCAUUACCUUGGGCCAGCACUUCAGACCCUUCCCCAUGGAACUUUUCAUUCAUAGAGCCAUCAGUAUCCAAAAGGCUAUUGAACGGCUCUUCCUCAGAAGCCCUGAUACAAAAGUCUUCAUUAAGACAGAAAAUGUCAAGGAGAUGAACUUAGAUACAGAGAAAUUUGGAGACUUCCAUGGUCAUAUUCAGUAUCUAACCACAAAGGAGAUUUUCAAAGACCUUCAUGUGGGUACCAUUGAUGCCUGGGACAUGACCAUUGCAUGUGGUUCCAAUGUUCUCCAUCCAUCUGAUGAAGUCAUUGCAAAUCAGAUUGACAUGUUUUUAAACUACAUUUGCUAG